UGCCCGCUCCGCCCAGCCACUGCGGGUCGGACGUCCGGAGCCCGCGGGUCCUGGGCAGAGGUCCGAGAAGACGUCCCCCAACUCAGUGGCCCGAAGAGCAGUGGGUCGCGGUUUCCAUCAUGCACAGUGGUAUGCCAUCCCCCACAGGCCUCCGGUGCCUCCCCUGAGACCUGCCACAAGUUCGAGCCCAGGGCCUAAGACCCUCCCGCCCAGCUGCACCAUGAGCCACGGGCCAAGCCCCCGCCUAGCCGAGUCCCCGCAGCUGUCCAAGGGCAGCCUCCUGACCAUUCUGGGCAGCCCAUCGCCCGAGCGCAUGGGGCCAUCCGACUCGCUACCACCGACACCGUCCAGCGGCACGCCUUCACCCGGCCCGCCGCCGGCGCUGCUCUUGCCGCCGGCGCCCGCGCUGUUGGCGGACGGGGACUGGGAAAGCCGCGAGGAGCUGCGGCUGCGGGAGCUGGAGGAGGCGCGGGCGCGGGCAGCGCAAAUGGAGAAGACCAUGCGCUGGUGGUCGGACUGCACGGCCAACUGGCGCGAGAAGUGGAGCAAGGUGCGCGCCGAGCGCAACCGCGCGCGCGAGGAGGUGCGCCAGCUCCGCCAGCGCCUCGAUGCGCUCACCAAGGAGCUGGCGGGCGCGCGGCGCGAGCGCCAGGAGGCUCAGGGAGAGUGUGAGGCUCGUGGCCGUGAGCUGGCGCGGCUCCGGGGCGCCCGGGGGGCCGCCGACCGGACGCCCGACGGUCCCGAGCCGCAGCUGGAGCACGAGCACGAACCCGAACCAGUGCGCGACGUCGGAUCUGAGAGGCCCCAGGGCAGCCAGGAGCUGGAGCUGGUGGAGAGCCUGCUGAAGAACAGAGCAGAGGAGCCCGAGGGCUGCUGGGAGGCACGCAGCAUACGGAGCGGGGGCCCACGGGGCAGCUCAGGCCGCCAGGAGCGUAACCGGCUACCCUGGGAGGACACAGCCACCACAGAGGAGGACACUUCCAAGUUGACUGCCCUGCGUCUGCGGCUCGAUGAGUCCCAGAAGGUGCUGCUCAAGGAGCGAGAGGAUAAACUGGCUCUGAGCAGGAACAUUGAGAAGCUGGAGGGAGAGCUCAGCCAGUGGAAGAUCAAGUAUGAGGAGCUGAGCAAGACCAAGCAGGAGAUGCUCAAGCAACUCAGCGUCCUGAAGGAGACGCACCAGGAUGAGCUGGGCCGCAUAUCCGAAGACCUGGAGGACGAGCUGGGAGCACGGUGUAGCAUGGACAGGAAGAUGGCCGAGCUGAGGGGUGAGAUGGAGCGGCUGCAGGCGGAGAACGCAGCCGAGUGGGGUCGCCGGGAGCGGCUCGAGACUGAAAAGCUGGGCCUGGAGCGGGAAAACAAGAAGCUGCGGGCACAGGUCGGAGACCUGGAGGAGGCGCUGGCCCGGCGGCGGAGGCAGACCACAAGCGCAUUGGACUGUGACCUGAGGACCAGCCAGGCUGCGCUCUUCGAGAAGAACAAGGAGCUGGCAGACCUGAAGCAUGUGCACGGCAAGCUGAAGAAGCAGUUCCAGGAGAAAGUGGCAGAGUUGGCACACGCCAACCGGCGGGUGGAGCAACACGAGGCAGAGGUGAAAAAACUGCGUCUGAGGGUGGAAGAGCUCAAGAAGGAGCUGGCCCAGGCUGAGGAUGAACUGGACGAGGCCCACAAUCAGGCUCGCAAGUUGCAGCGGUCGCUGGAUGAGCAGACGGAGCAGAGUGAGAACCUGCAGGUGCAGCUAGAGCACCUGCAGUCCAGGCUCCGCAGGCAGCAGCAGAACGCCCCUCUGUUUGGGAAGAUCCGCAGUGCUCGCUUUGGAACCGAGGAGGCCGGGGACGGAGCCAGUGACCUGGACGAGGACGAGGACCUGCAGAUCCAGGUGGCCUAG